AUCCGCCGUGUAUUUCUUAUUGUACGAGAUACUCUCAAAACUCAACUCAACCCAUUCCGUCUAUAUCGUCUAUACCCGCACCGUCCAACCUUCGAUCCUGAUGCGUUUGUCUCAUUGGAUGAUCUCGCAAAAGAUCCGCGCACUCAUUCUGUACCACUACCUUCUAUGUCCCAGUCUCCAGAUGCUGGGCCUUGUUACGAGCCUCCCUGGCCAUUCAAGAACAUGAGUAUCUGGCGCUUAAUGCGCUGGUCAAAUACUGGCAGCUCUUUGAAGUCCGAGGGCGAGGUCACACGGCUAGUCAAGGAGGUCAUUGCUACAGAUGAUUUCAAUGUAGAUGAUCUCCGGGGCUUCAAUGCUCAUCGAGAGAAUCAACGAGCAGAUAAGACUAGCUUAACGUCUGGUUCAUUGAACAGUUAUCUAGCAGGUUUCUGCACUACAGCGGUGGAUAUUCAGGUUCCUUCUGGACAGAAGAAUGUUCCUUCGGCAACAUUUUCUGUUCCUGGACUCCACUAUCGACCACUUCUUUCAGUCAUAAAGGAGGCUUUUUCAAGCCCAUUGUCGAUGUCAAUGCAUUUAUCACCAUUCAAACUCUUUCACCAACUCCCUAAUUCAGAAGUAGAAACCCGAGUUCAUGGCGAGCUAUACUCAUCCGACUCUUUCAUCAACAUGCAUGAUAAAAUCCAGCGCACUCCUCUUCCUCCUGAUGAAUCAGACUGUAAGUUAGAGCGAGUUGUUGCUGCAGUCAUGCUCUGGUCCUUCAAUCUCUAA